GUUUGGCAUAUUGACUAAGGUUUGAUAAGCGAAUUUCAUGUGAAAACAAGAAAUUAAUAUGUAUAAAUUGCUUUCAUGCUGCCUUGGGUGCAAGAGAAAAUUUCAGGAGGUCGUCAAAGGCUGAUGAGUAUCUUCAGCAGGCGUCUCGAUAGUGACAUACGGCUUUCUUCACAAAAUAAAGAAACUAUGCUUGUCUCGGAGGGUAAUGGUUUGUGCGGCGAAAUGAUUGAGGUUACUGUCAUUAGCCCUGAAGGCGAUAAACUAACAGUAGAUGCAACAGCUGAUUGCACAGUAGAUAAAUUGAAGACAAUGGCAGUCAGUCGCUUUUACAAUUCAGCAGAUUUAUCAAAGGUAGCCCAAAAUUAUAAACUGGUGUCGGUGUCAGGAAGAAAACCAUUAAACGAUAACAAUGCUAUUAAUCAAGAGGAUAUUAAGACCAAUGAUCAGGUACUUUUAAUGAAGCGGCGCCGACCACCGGUAAAGGAGCAGAUUUCUCUGGACAACUUAAAAGCUCCUACUGUUGAGGAGAUUCAAGAAGCAACAAGUAAACUGGAUACAAAGAACACAACAAAGGAGCAGCCUCAGCUUGGCUGUUCACUAGACUUUGAAAGUGAUAUCCGCAAAGUAUUAAUAUCACUGGUGGAGGCAUCUGCAAGAAUUUUGACACCAAGCCCAGAGUCAGAAGAGGUAUUUCAGAUAAUCAGAGAGAGACUUGAAAAUAAAGGUGUUGACCAUAUUGUUAAGCAACUAACAGACAUGGGAUUUCCACAGGCUCUCGUGGUUGAAGCUCUUCACCUGAACAGCAUGAAUCCGAGACUGGCACUAGAUUGGCUACUGAAACAUUCCACUGUGAGGCCUGGAGGAUUAUGUGAUGAUACGUCAAAUGAUGAGUUAACGUGUACCAACUGUGCAGAAGAAGCAGCAGCAGCUGCAGCAGAAGCCAGCAGGAGGGACAAGAAAUCUGUCAUUCAGUCUGUUGCAUCUCUACUUGAAUCAUUUCGUUCAUAUAGACGUCAGUACUUCAAACCUAAUCCAAAAGCACUUGGAAAACUGAAAGAAAUGGGAUUUAAGGAAGAAGAUAUUAUAGAUGCUCUACAAGUCACUGGAAAUCACGAAACUUCAGCUUGUGAAUGGCUGCUUGGUGAGCGAAGAAGAAGUUUAGAAGAUCUAGACACUGGUUUAGACCCUGACGGUCCGGUGUACAAAGCAAUUAUGGCAAAUCCUGCAAUACAGCUGAGUCUUACAAAUCCAAAGAUGUUGCUGGCAUUUCUGUCAAUGCUAGAGAAUCCCAGUAACACAAAUGUGUGGAUUAAUGAUCCUGAUGCUGCACCAGUUUUGAGUCAAAUUUUUAAGACUUAUCACACAGAGAAACAUGUUUUGCAGCCUACUGAUGUGCCACAGUGAAGAAAAACCGCCACAUUUAACAAUGAAAGAGAGCUUUGAUUUGAAAAUUUAUGUAAGGGGAAAAAAGUUGCCAACAUUGGAAGUUUCUUACAAUAUUGCAGGGAAUUAUGUUAAGAGUUAUCAAAAUUGCAACAUUAUGACAGCAUGCUGAAUGCUACACAAGUUCAAAGGGAUGAAUAAUAAUAAAAAACCACCCUGUUAAAUACCUUUAUAUAAAUUUAUAUAGUUUAUUUAAAUAAACUGCCUUAUCAUUAAAUUAUCUUUUCUUUUA